CCUCACAUGAUUCAGAUUAAUCCUUCUUUUCUCCCUCCCUGAAGUUGCACACUGCAGUAACAACACGGCUGAAAUGCAGACAAGAGGCUCGACAUGGGCAAGAAGGGCCCUGCUGCUUGGCAUCCUGUGGACUGCUGAACACCUGCCUCUUCCGGGGGCCUCUUUGCCGCAACGUCUUCCAAGGGCUACAGAAAAUAGCACCCAGUGUGUGACUUCAUCAUCAUCAGAAUUCCCAGAAGGGUUUUUCACGAAGCAAGAACGCCUGGAUGGCGGCAUCGUGAUCUACGUGCUGAUCAUCCUUUACAUGUUCCUGGCUGUGUCUAUUGUGUGUGACGAGUACUUCCUGCCCUCCCUGGAGAUCAUCAGUGAGUCGCUUGGAUUGUCUCAGGAUGUUGCAGGUGCAACAUUCAUGGCAGCGGGGAGUUCAGCUCCUGAAUUAGUUACAGCUUUCUUAGGUGUAUUUAUCACAAAAGGAGAUAUUGGCAUCAGUACUAUUCUUGGAUCUGCAAUUUAUAAUCUUCUUGGCAUCUGUGCAGCCUGUGGCUUGUUAUCUAAUGUGGUUUCAACACUCUCAUGUUGGCCCCUAUUCAGAGACUGUGCAGCAUAUGCCAUCAGUGUGGCAGCAGUUUUUGGCAUAAUAUUUGAUAACCAAGUUUACUGGUACGAAGGGAUUUUACUGCUUUUGAUAUAUGGACUGUAUGUUUUGGUGCUGUCUUAUGACAUUAAAAUUAACCAGUACCUAAUAAGGAAAUGCAGUCCUUGCUGUACCUGUCUUGCCAAAGCUAUGGAGGAGAGAAGCGAACAGCAGCCACUGAUGGGAUGGGAAGAGGAGGGUCAACCAUUCAUUCGUCGACAAUCAAGAACUGAUAGUGGAAUUUUUCAUGAAGAUUCUGGCUACUCCCAGCUUUCCAUAGGUUUACAUGGUCUUAGUCAGGCUUGUGAAGAUCCACCUAGUGUUUUCAACAUGCCUGAAGCAGACUUGAAAAGGAUUUUCUGGGUAUUAUCUCUUCCUAUUAUUACAUUACUGUUUCUAACCACACCAGACUGUAGAAGAAAGUUUUGGAAAAACUACUUCAUGAUAACUUUUUUCAUGUCUGCACUAUGGAUAUCUGCAUUUACCUAUGUCCUGGUUUGGAUGGUCACAAUAACUGGAGAAACACUAGAAAUUCCAGACACAGUCAUGGGCCUCACUUUAUUAGCAGCAGGAACAAGCAUACCAGACACAGUUGCAAGUGUGUUGGUUGCAAGAAAAGGUAAAGGAGACAUGGCUAUGUCUAACAUCGUGGGAUCCAAUGUGUUUGAUAUGCUAUGUCUAGGUGUCCCGUGGUUUAUUAAAACUGCAAUGAUAAAUCCAUCAACUCCUGUUGAGGUGAACAGCAGAGGACUAACUUACAUAACCAUCUCUCUCAUCAUUUCAAUUAUUUUUCUUUUUUUAGCAAUACACUUCAAUGGAUGGAAGCUAGACAAAAAAUUAGGAGCUGUCUGCCUAGUAUUAUACUUUGGGCUUAUUACAUUGUCAGUUCUAUAUGAACUUGGAAUUAUUGGAAACAAUAAAACAAGGGGAUGUGGGGGCUAAUAUUAAUAGUUAUGUGAAAAAUCUGA